CUGACAGAUCUGCGCUUCUCCAGGAGUGGUUUCUGAGGUUUGAAGCAAUGUUACUGGGUUAUUCUCCAUAACUGAUGGAGAAGAGUUUUAUAUGCAACAUUUGCCAGCUGUUUGUUGAAACAAAUCUGGUUGCUUGUCUUUCCACCUUGCUCUGUGAUGCAACAACCGAGAACAAGAACAGAGAUAAAACAAAAAUGAACUCUGAAGAGGUGCAGAUAAAUCAGUGUGAUAUGAAAACAGAUCUGAACUUACUGCUUGAAUGCCUUAAAUAUCAGAUGGACUGCCCUCUGUCUCAGAAGGAGGCUUUGAUCACCAUCUAUUCCAUUUGCCAACAAAACAGUGAAGCGAGCGAAUACUUCCGAGAAAUUGGUGGUUUGAUGUUUAUAAAUGACCUUGCCAAGUCGAGUGCUCAUUGCAUCGUAAAGGAAGCAGCUUUAUUUACACUGGGGAUUAUUAUAGAGAGCAAUGUGUAUUGUCAGCAGACUUUGUGUACUUCUGCAUUGUUUGAAGACCUCAUUUUAUUUUUAAUUAAAAAGGAUUCUGGUGUGAACUUGAAAAGAAUGUCUGUUUAUGUCAUCUUAGUACUGGUGUCAAAUAAUAAAAAUGGGCAAACCUGUGUCAGAGACACAGGCUGCAUCAGCCUGCUGCUGCAGUUGUUCAGAACAACUCUCUCCACGUCUGAGAAGAAUCUGUCAGAUGAAAACUCUGAUCCCUGCUAUCAGCUCUGGUGCUCAGUGUGCAGCACUCUCUGUGCCUGUGUCAACAACCCCCAGAACGAAGAUAAUCAGAACAUUUGCUGUUCGGUUUUUCCCUAUGCCAAAGAGCGGCUCGAGAGUUGCACAGAGCCUGAGAUAGUUCGUCCCAUUUGUUCAUUUCUUGGUCUCACAGUUGCAAAUAACUCAUAUGUGCAGAAAUAUUUUGCUUCUAUUGGAGGAUUGGAUACAUUAGCCAAAGUUCUCCUUGAGCUUAUGCAUGAUUCUUGUUUGAGUCACUCCAGCGUGCAACUUGCCGUGGUAGUAACAAAGACUCUGGAUGCCUGUAUUGCUAAUAACUCUGCCAUGGGUGUUGUCUUGGCAAAGUAUCACACUGUGUCAGAGCUGCUGAAGCUGCUGUCCAAUGAGACACUGAGCACAGGAGAAAAAAUCAGUAUUAUUCUAACAAUUGGACACUGCACUGAAGUUUGUGAAGAGAACCAGUGUGAGCUGCUUCAGAACAAUGGUCUGCCACUUAUGAUUCAGGUAUUGACAGAAUCUCAGGACGAGGAACUCAUCAAAGCUGCUACUUUUGUGCUGCAGAACUGCAAACAAAUGACUGAACAGUUGUCUCUGAAAUUAUAUGAUAACUCAUUAAAUGUGAACAGUGCAGAAGAACUGGAUGUGCAAGUCAGAAAGAGAUGUCUGCAAGACUACUGGAAGAAAGCAAAAGUUUUGCACAGAAUAAACUCAAUUGAAAAACAGCAUGAUGAGGUUGGCCUACUUACCAAAAUAGUAUAAAACUAGUCACAUCUUUCUAGAGUUUAAGGAGAAGGCGAAAGUAAAUCCUUAAGAUAAUUUCCAUGUGAGCAAAAAACCCAGGAAAAAACGUUGGAUUUGUGUGAAACUACAGCCUGCAGCUUUUAUCAGUAUUGUAGGUCAGACUGAGUUACAGGUGUGCAGAGAGUGGAGGCGUCUGUAUUGUAUGAAGUACUCUUGUUUAUUGU